AUUGGCAUCGAUAGUUGUACCAUCUCUAAUUACUUUGUUUACAUGCAAAACUGCGAAAGAAAAUGAAUCCGCUGGACAAAAUACACGCUCUGGAUGAGAUCGAAAAGGAGAUAAUCUUGUGCAUGCAGAGUGCGGGACAAGCCUUGCAGGAGUUGGGCAAGGAAAAGUCGUCGCAGAAAAAUGCCGAGACUCAAUCGCAGCAGUUCCUCAAGAGCCUGUCCAGCGUGGAAUCGAAGCUAUCCGAGCAAAUCAACUACUUGACCCAGGUGUCGACCGGUCAGCCGCACGAGGGUUCCGGCUAUGCGUCCGCCAAGGUGCUCCAAAUGGCCUGGCACCGCAUACAGCAUGCCAGGUCCAGGGUUCGGGAACUGGAAGAAACGAAGGCCAAGCAUUCACAUGCUGCCCGGCAGCAACUAAAACGUCAACAGGAACAUGCCGCGGCCCAACAACAGCAGCAGCAACAACAACAGCAGCAACAACAGAUGCAACAGGCUGCACAGCAGCAACAACCGGCAGGAGGCGGCAACGCCGGUGGAGUAGAUCAUCCCAUGGGCAGCGACUCCUCCAUGUCCACCAACUAAUCUAGGGAUAAGGGUAAAGGUUUCCAUUUUUUAAAUUGAAUAUAAAACAUUUUCCAGUCGA